AUGUCUUCCGCAUCGGAACCACCACAAGCAGCAGUUGAGCCAAAGACCAAACCUGCCGGUAAAGUGCGCAAGAGAGCUCCAAAGGCAUGUCUUUCGUGCCGGGCGCGGAAAGUCAGGUGUGAUGUCUCCCAGAGGGGACGACCAUGCAUGAAUUGCUAUCUCGACAGCGAAACUUGUGUGGUUACCGGCCGAGCUUCAAGGUUCAGGAGGUCGGAACGUCCAGGAGAAAACGUGCAAGCCUCCUAUCCACCUUAUGAAACAGACAACAGCAACCGCUCAAAGACCGCAGAAGACCUUGUCAGAUCGAGGAAUAAUGGUGAGCCCGCGUCACCGCCGGCGAGCCAAGAUGGUACCACACAGCCAGAUGGCCACAGAGAUUCGUGUGCUGGACAUAACCAUGAUGACAUGGGAGAGUCAGUCGACCAAGAGCAGUAUCGAGCUCUUGUGCCUCCCGUUGCUACCAGUGGGACACCGCAAAAUAUGGCACAAACCCCCUUUUCCGUACCCAAUGUCCACACUCCAAUCAUCACGGCGCCCGACAUGGCUUCAUUCCUUGCCGCUGAUGCGCCACUAUGGGUAGGGGAUCAACGUGUGCAGGCAAAUGUAGACAUCACAUACUCUUACUUUCCUUUCCUUCGGAUAAACAACUUGCCAAACAUCAUGCCGCAAGAUGUCAACUACUUGGAAUCUCAAGGGUGCUUCCGCAUACCGACGCGCGAAAUUCUCAAUGAGUUUGUGCAACAAUACUUCCUGCACAUCCAUCCGAUAUUGCCAAUGCUCAACGAAGGCGACUUCUGGGCCAUGUACGGCGACUCGGGCCACGGUGGCACAGGAGAGAAGAUGUCCUUGCUCGUGUUUCAGUCGAUGCUGUUUUCUUCAGUAAACUUUGUCCCCAAGGCGUGCAUCAAAGCCUUGGGCUUCCCCAGUAUUCGAGCUGCCAGAGCAACAUUAUACCGACGAUGCAAAUUGCUGUACGAAUUCGACACCGAGACUUCAAUGGUGUACAUGUCACAAGCUGCGCUCUUACUCUCGCAUUGGUCGCCAAACUUUACCCACGCGUUCCGCAAAGCAAAUUCCAUGUGGCUCGGCAUUGCCAUCCAGAAUGCACAAAGCGCCGAAGCACACCACUACUCGGCUAUGCCAACUUACUCAGCCAUCGACAAUCCACUAGAGAACAAGAAACAGAACGUGUUAAAACGGCUGUGGUGGUGUUGCAUCAUUCGUGACAGGAUAUUGCCGCUUGGUCUGCGACGAAGUUUGAAGAUCACCCGUGCUCAUUUCGACUUUGAUACGCACUCUGGCCUUGGAUACACGGAUCUUGCAGACGAAAUUGAGCGAUCCAGAGUAUACAGCCCAGGAACGAAGCGGUGCCUCAUUGAGAUCUUUGUGCAGCUAGUCGAGCUGUGCACGAUACUCACCGAUCUCAUCACCCAGGUCUUCCCCCUAGACGACUCUCCGGGUUGGGGUAAACAAGGAGCUCCCGGCGAUGAUGAUAAAAUAAGAGAGAGCAAAACUGCUCUCAGGAGAUGGUACAAGGGUGCAACGCUUAGAUUCCCCAUGUUUGGUGGUGAUGCGGUCCCCCGGACAAAGGUAGUCGGAGGUAAAGACUGUCAACAUGAUUCCGUGAUAUUAUUCACAAACUUGAUGUACAUGUACUACCAUUCGGCCAGAGCAGUACUAAGUCAUCAUGAGUUGCUACAAACCGCCGUUACGGCUGCAACGCCAAAUCUUACGGCCAGUCUGAAAGAGUUCUCCAACAUUUACGAAAACCGGCAUGAAUUGCAAGACGCCGCGUCUGGUGUCACAGAAUGCCUCAAAGAGCUGAUUCAACUGCGUCUUGCACGCUGGCUUCCCAUCAGCGCGGUUGCAUGCACUGCUCUACCUUUGGUUCUACACAUCAUUGAUGUCAAAUUAUCAUCCUACAACAAGAAUAACGCCCCUUUCGGAUCAAAUCCUCAAGAGGUGGUAAAACAACACCGCCUCAACAUUUUGAUCGAGGCGAUGAAGACGUACCAACCACAGUAUGAUGGUGUCGACUAUGUCAGCGAGACGAUCCGACACAUUGUGACCCUCGCGCAGUUGGACACGCCUGCAACGCCGUCUGCCGCCAACCACAUCAAUGACUGGCAGGAUAUAUUGGCAUCGCAACCAGGAAGCUAUCUCCGUCUGGCCAUGACCAUGGAUUUGAGUCUCAGCAAAGGCAGACUUCCUGAGGAGUCGGAUUUCCCUGCCAGCCUGAGGGGAUUGUUCACUGCAGGCUACAGCUCCAUCAAGGCACUCAUGGAUGCAGGCAAGCCCACACAGGCACAGCUACCGCUGAGCACGGCUUUACCAGCAGAGCAGUUGUUUUCGAGCAUGCUGGCCAUACCUGGCACGAUACAGUCACUCUCAUCCGAUGCUGAUACGGACUCGCCACGAUCCCCCAUGGAGCGGAGUGCGAUUGCGAGGGCGGCGGCCGGCGCUAGUAGCGAGUUUGCGCCCCAUAUUGGAAGAGACGAGGACAUUUCGAUGACCGAGCAAGGCUUUGUCGAUGCCGCUCUGGGGCUGGGCGGCGGUCUCGUUAGCGAGGUUCUGAAUGACUACACCAUGCAGAAUGACUCGCCGCAAAGCUCGAGCAGCUAUACCGAUGCCACGGGUAAUGAUGAUGAGGCCAACAUGACGGACUGGAUCGAUCAGGCUUGGGGCCAUGAUCUACACUCGGGCAGGACGGAUACUGGGGAUCAGGAAACGGCGCAGGCGUUACUGGAUGCGCUUAGAGGGGGCGAAGGUACCGGAGUUCAGUGUGUAUAA